UUUUGGACAGACCCUUUGCUCUGAGCACGAGCAGACGGUGAGUUAAGAUUUAACGCUCAACAUCUUCUUAAAACUGUCUACCUUGUGUCACCAACCCUAAAUCCAUUACAUGAUGAAAACAAAUGGUUGACAGGUCGCUGAGAAGGUGCGGCCCGUAGCUUUUCCUCCGUCCUGCUGUCCUGGCUGCCAGAUCUUCUCCACCCCCCUUACCUUCCCCCUGAGCCCGGCCUCUAGUCUCCACCAUGGACAACCUGGAGGAGGACCUGACGUGCUCCGUGUGCUACUCUCUGUUCUCGGACCCCCGGGUCCUGCCCUGCUCACACACCUUCUGUAAGAGCUGCCUGGAAAACUUGCUCCAGGUGUCCACCAACUAUUCCGUCUGGAGGCCGCUCCGAGUCCCACUAAAAUGCCCCAAUUGCCGCGGCGUGGUGGAGCUGCCUCCGAUGGGUGUAGAAGCUCUGCCCACCAAUGUAUCACUGCGCGCCAUCAUUGAAAAAUACCAGAGUGACAGCUCGCCGCGACACCCUUCCUGUGAGCAGCACCUCAGGCAGCCUCUGAACAUGUACUGCAUCCAGGACCGGCAGCUGAUCUGUGGUCUGUGUCUGACCAUCGGGCAGCACCAGGGCCAUCCCAUAGACGACCUGCAGGCGGCGUUCAUCAGAGAAAAACAGACGCCUUCUCUCCUGCUAGCCAAACUCUCUGAGCAGAGAUGGGCGCAGGUGUGUGAGCUGGGGGAGCAGCUGGAGCAGGAGAAGGCCCGCUGCGAGGCUCUGGUGAGGCAGGACCGCCAGGAGGUCAACGAGUAUUUUCAGACCCUGGAGGUGGUGCUGGCCAGGAAGAGGCAGGCCUACCUAGAGGCGCUGGAUACAGCCGCUGCAGAGGUGUCGCGCGCCUACGACCCGCUCAUCCUCAAAGUGAAGGAGCUGCAGGAGGAACAGCUGGACCUGGUGUCAAUGGGCUCCUCGGUGGAGGAGGAGCCUAACCCGCUGGUGUUCCUGGAGCAGGUGCAUCUGUUCAGAGAGAGGGUGGAGGAGUUCAUCAAAACGCCUUUGCCCUCGGCGAUAAACCUCUCCGUCACCCCGAGGGCAGCGGAGCACCUCCAGCAGAACUGGCCCGCCGUGACUAUCGGCAGCCUGGAGGAAGCCCCCGUCCCCAAGGUGUGCUGCUGCACCAGAUGUGGCGGCGUGGAGGCCGGCGUGGAAUCUGAGGCUGGGGGGGAUCAGCUCCACGGGGAGAACUUGUGGCGUGCGCUGCAGUCGACUUCUUCUGUGGUGCUGCUGCCGCUGCUGCUGCUGCUGGCAGCGCUGUGGGGGCCCUCGCUCAGUUUCUCUCUUCUCUCCCAGUUCAGUCAGUUGGUCCAAGGUCUGAGCGGUGAUGUCAUCACAUCUGUGUGGGACUCGGCGGGGUCAGGGUUCACGGUGAUAGAGGCUGCUGUGGCGAGAUGGAGCGCUCAUUUCUCCUCUGUGGGAGAGAAGGCCUUCGAGCAGCUGGCCGCCUUCUUCUGGACUCUGACAUCACACUGACACACACCGAGUCUCACUGAAGCACUCCUGUAGUACAGCGGGUAAAAUCCAACUGAAAAACCUUCUGCCAUCUGCUUUUGUCCCGAUAAAGGCAAUGAGUAAAUGAAUAAACACAAGGCAGGGAUAAUUGAUACUACAGAAAUAAUCAUUGAAUAUAACUCAUUCACUGAAAUAUAUCACAUGACCUUAUCAAGCUUUAGUCCCCUUCAAGAUUCCCUGUUCCCUCUUAUGCAGACCUGGGGAAAAACCCGAGUUACGUCUCGGGUAUUUAUGUUCAAGUUCUUGCAAGUUCAAAAUGUGAGCAGUUUACGUUAAAUAUUUGUAUGUAUUGAAUUGUGUAACUGUCAAGUGUUAUGUUCCUCUUUGGGGUGUGUUUUUCUAGGUAUGGUUCACACUGCCUCGCAAUUAAGCAUUUAUCAUACCCAACACUAAUCAAACAGUUUUGAAGCUUGGCAUAAAGGAAUGUAAAUAUCGGGGCAUUUCAGCAGCUCUCCUGGUGUCAGAGCUGCUGACCUCAGAACAGCUGCUCCUGUAUAUCCUCACAGGGACGCAGCUGUGUGUGGACUUUAGAGCUGAUGGUGAACACACACGACUCAGAGUGCCUUUAACCAUCACGCUCUUAUCUCGCCCAACUUAAUCGCCUUUUUGUACUGGCUUGUAGUUUCACCAGGACCAAAAGCUCAACCCUCUUUUUUUACUCCAGCGGUGGGCAAAUAUAUAAAUUGUAUUAUAGCCUUUAUAAAAGCUUUACCGUUGCAAUUUUGCAUCAAAUAAUUGUUACGUUUUUUUGCUCAGGCAGACCCUCACUGAAACACCAGUGAGCCAGUAUGCCAAGCUGCAUUCCUAAAUAUUAUAAUCUCAUGUAUUGUUAAAAUUAUAUCACAACGGUAUGCUGUUACAAGCAUCACACACACACUCAAAGACAUUUUGGUUAAUGUCAGGCGUUUUCCACAAAUGUCACCCCAACCUGUAUUUGUAUAACUUUUUGGUUACUGUAUUAUGUAAGUUAUAAUAAAAGUUUGAAUAUGUA